GUCACGUGAGGCGAACCCAAAGCGCUGCUUCUUCGGCUCCCUAAGAACAACGUUGCUGCUGCUUCUGCUCCUCUUCAAGCGCGCGCCAGGUAGUAAUGUGCAUUACGUCACUUCAAAAUGUGUUCAACCCUCCGUACUGUGUUUGGGACCCCUUCCUUAUUCUGCUGAGUGGGACUGUGGACCUCUGCCCCCAAGGUCCUGUCCAUAUGGCACCACUGAUACCUUCCUUGUCCUGAAAUGAAGGAUUUUUGGAGUGGUGGGGGUUGCAAUUGCUUCUCAACAAGUACCUGCACCUUUCUGCUGGAUCCCUGUGGUUCCCUGAAAGAAAGGCACUUUGGAUACACACAUUAUUACAGAACAAGUGGGGCCUGCUCUAACAAACUGUUGCAAUAGGAGUUGUUGUUGUUGUUGUUGUUGUUAUUAUUAUCAUUUGCAUAGAAUCAGAAUUGUAGAAGUGUAGAGUUGGAAGGGACCAUGAGGGUCAUCUAAGCCAACCCCUUGGAAUAUAGAAAUCUUUUACCCAACAUGGGGCUCAAAACCCUGACCCUGAGAUUAAGAGUCUCAUCCUGUACCCACUGAGCUUUCCCUCUGCAUGGACAGAUUGUGCUGCACUAUAUCAAGCAACAGAACCACAAUCCGAGCCUUUGGAUCAGCACAUAUAAGCAACUGUGUUUGCACUGUGUUACUGCUAAAGCCCAAUUUUGGUAGACUGAACACAGCAUUCCCGUAUUCAGAGUUCUCAGGUUUGAAUAAAAAGCCAUCAGGACGGCUUUGAAUCUUACACAGCCUAACUUCGGUUGGUGAAAAUCGUGUGUGUGAAAUUGUGGAUCAAGUUUGUUCCUCAACUUGAAUUUUGAACCUGGAGGAAAAAUUACACUCAUUUAAUUAACAGUUGUUUUAUUGUUGAAGUCAAGGGAAUUUGGGAGUAAGAAUGAUAUUGUUUGGGCAGUUCCAUUUCACUUGCCAAAUGAAAACGAGAGAUUUACAUAAAAUAUGAUGUAACUUUAGUAUAUAUAAGUGUAAGCUAUAUUGGACACAACAAUUUGAGUUUUGCAGAACUCUGUGAAGUUUUAUAUGGGUCCAUUUACAUCCAUUUUAUUUUGGGGUUCGCAUUAAUUUUCGUACAUUAGUUCAGAUUUUCCUUUUAAUACGCAUUUCUUUUUGUGUGUGUUGUAUAUUCUUCCGAAAAGGAUGCCACAUCUUAAUUUCUGUUCUCGGAGGUCCCCGGUGGUUUGCAGUAGCGCUUGCGUUGCGUCAAGCCAGACUCUCGCAACAAAUAUAGGCAUCGAUAUCUUAAAGAAUGGUGGCAAUGCGGCAGAUGCUGCUGUAGCAGUAGCAGCUGCUUUAAAUGUGACUGAACCAUGCAGUACCGGCAUAGGUGGAGACUGCUUCUGCCUCUAUUAUGACGCAAGCACAAAACAGGUACAUGGUCUCAAUGGAAGCGGUCGGUCUCCGCAGGCCCUGACCCUUGAGCUGCUAAAAGAUCACGGCUUCAGCGAGGCAAAUCGUCCCCCUCCACUACAUGCACACAAUGUCACCGUACCUGGUGCGGCAGCUGGCUGGUGCGAUGCUGUUGCUCUGCAUGGAAGCAAAAAGCUUUCCAUGCGGCAAAUUCUGCAACCAGCUAUAGACCUGGCUGAGAAGGGCUUUCCACUCUCAGAGAUUGCUUCCUACUGCUGGAAGAAAAAUGCUCAUGCUCUUCAGGCGCCUGGCAACCCACACGGGAAGGACCUGCUGAUAGAUGGCCAAGCACCUGAUCACGGACAAGUCUUCUGCAAUCCUUUUUUGGCAGACACUUUUAAGUUUCCAAUCCAGAUUAUUUUCUUCUUCCAGGAGUUGGCAGAACUUGGCAAACAAGGCUUCUACGAAGGCCGUGUGGCCAAAGCUGUUGUGGAUGUUAUUCAGAGCAAUGGUGGAGUGAUGGAUUUGGAGGACCUGAAAAGCCACGCCUCUGAAGAAGUCAAACCUAUUGUCACAAAUUACAAGGGUCUGAAUGUAUGGGAGAUCCCUCCGAAUGGGCAAGGAAUAACAGCGCUAUUAGCCCUGAACAUUUUAGAAAAUUUCAACUUGAAAGAAAUGGGCCAUAAUACUGCUCACUAUUUGCACAUCCUCAUCGAAGCUGUCAAAGUUAGCUUUGCCGAUACUUUAUGGUUCUGUGCAGAUCCAGAAAAGGUAGCUGUACCCACAACAAAGCUCCUUUCCAAACCUUAUGCCAGAGACCGUUCGAAGCUGAUAGAUUUACAGAGGGCAACUGCCAAAUAUAAUCAAGGAAAUCCUUUCCCGGUUGGUAGUGACACUGUUUACUUCACAGUGGUGGAUACCCAAGGCAAUGCCUGCUCUUUCAUUAACAGCAACUAUAUGGGAUUUGGCACAGGGCUGGUACCAGAUGGCUGUGGAUUUACAUUACAAAACAGAGGAGCCAAUUUUUCACUACAGCCUGGUCACCCAAACUGCUUGGCACCUAGGAAGAGGCCAUAUCACACAAUUAUACCCGCUCUGGCUACUGAUGCUGAUACAGGGGAGCUUCUGUGCUCCUUUGGAGUAAUGGGUGGAUUCAUGCAGCCACAAGGGCAUGUUCAGGUACUGCUCAACAUGUUGGAAUUUGGAAUGAAUCCACAACAGGCUUUGGAUGUGCCUCGUUUUUGUGUCGAAUAUGACAAAAAGGUGGAUGCAUGGCUCGUGUCCUUGGAAGAUGGCAUCCCUCAGCACAUCACGGAAGCACUGAUAGCCAAGGGACAUAGGGUCGUGGCCCCCGUAACUGGGCACAACAGGAGCAUGUUUGGACGGGGCCAAAUUAUCACCAAAGGAGACUGGUGGAGGCACUGGAGAAUCCUGCCUUCUUCUAGCAAUGUAUUCUGGGCAGGGUCUGAUCCCAGAGCUGAUGGCUGUGCAUUAGGAUAUUAGCACGGAAGAAAGAAUUGGCUGUGUUUUAAGUGGGUUAAAAAAAAUCGAUGUCCAAAUCGAAACUCAAAUCUGAAAGGGUAUAAACAAUGACAAUAUGGGUAAGGGGGAAACAGAUCAAAAUCUGCUUGAGCCAUAGCUUGGUAAUAGAGCAAAUUCUUUGCAUGUAGAGAGCCAGUGUGGUGUAGUGGUUAGGAGUGGUAGACUUGUAAUCUGGUGAACCAGGUUCGCAUCGCCGCUCCUCCACAUGCAGCUGCUGGG